AGUCGGUAAUGGAGUGCCGGAUAAGUAACUUUGAAAUUUCUUAUCUUAGAAUAAAAUAAUAAUAAAUAUGUUUAAUUUUUCAUUUCUCACGUGUUCUAAUCUAUGUUUUCUAGUAAAAGUAAGAAAGAGGCAUCAAAUUUGAAUUUAUAGUAUCCAUUUAUUAUUAUAAAUAUAAGGUUACUAGCAUCAUGGGGUAUCCACAAAUCAUAAGGAGGCAUGCAGAUGGAGUCUCUCCUAAACACCACCAGCACCACCGUUAUCUCCUCUAUAUACCGCCACCAGCAUCAAAGGAGGGCAGCUUCAAAUUCAAAUAUUGCUGUACGGGGCCACCAUGUUCGUAGCAAAGUGACCUGCAUCAGCGGUAAUAACAAAAGGAGAGAUGGUGGAGAUGAUGAACAAGCACCAUCACUACAAAGACGAAAUGUGCUCAUCGGCUUAGGAGGACUAUACGGACUCAGCAACAUUCAAAACAAUGCCUUUGCAGCUCCUGUGGCUCCUCCUGACUUAUCCAAAUGCGGGGCUGCUGACUUGCCUGCCGGUGCAACUCCAACCAAUUGCUGUCCUCCCUUUGAACAAACGAUCGUUGAUUUCAAACUUCCAUCUCCUUCAAUGCCCAUGCGAGUGCGUCCUGCUGCUCACUUGGUCGACGACCAUUACAUUGCCAAGUAUAACAAGGCCAUCCAACUCAUGAAAGCACUUCCUCCGGAUGACCCUCGCAAUUUCACGCAACAAGCCAAUGUCCACUGUGCCUAUUGUGAUGGAGCUUAUGACCAGGUUGGCUUUCCCGACUUGGAGCUCCAGGUGCACAACUCAUGGCUCUUCCUCCCCUUCCACCGCUACUAUCUCUACUUCUACGAGAGGAUCCUUUGCAAGCUGCUUGAUGACGACACUUUUGCUCUCCCUUUCUGGAAUUGGGAUGCUCCCGAGGGCAUGAAAAUGCCAGCAUUAUAUACCAACCCCUCAUCCCCUCUCUAUGACAAGCUCCGCGAUGCCAAGCAUCAGCCACCCACGUUGGUUGAUCUUGAUUACAACCUCGUCGAUCCCACCACCACUGAUAAACAAGUAAUUGCCAACAACCUGUCCGUCAUGUAUCGACAGAUGGUGUCAAGUGGCAAGACUGCCCAGCUCUUCAUGGGUUCUACCUAUCGGGCAGGCGGGGAGCCAGACCCUGGUGCUGGGUCCCUGGAGAAUGUCCCGCACGGUCCAGUGCACCUCUGGUGCGGGGAUCGUACCCAGCCCAACAUAGAGAAUAUGGGCAAUUUCUACUCCGCUGGACGUGACCCCAUAUUUUUUGCUCACCAUUCCAACAUCGACCGCUUGUGGAAUGUAUGGAAAGGGUUGGGGGGAAAGCGACGGGACUUCACCGACCCCGACUGGUUGGACUCGGGUUUCCUUUUCUAUGAUGAGAACGCGCGACUGGUCAGGGUGAAGGUGCGAGACUGCCUAGACUCCACCAAGCUCAGAUACACGUACCAGGAGGUGGAUAUCCCUUGGCUCAAGGCUCGACCCGCAUCUGCUGCUGCUGCUAUCAAGGCGAAGAAGAAGGCAGCAGCAGGAGGAGUAGAGUUCCCACGGCCGCUGGACUCGGUGAUAAAAGCUACGGUAAAGAGACCCAAGAAAUCCAGAAGCAACAAGGAGAAGGAAGAAGAGGAGGAGGUGCUGGUGAUCGAAAACAUACAGUUGCAGAGGGACGAAACUGUCAAGUUCGACGUGUACAUAAACGUAGAAGAUGAGAGUGCGAGGGGUCCCAGCUCGACCGAGUUCGUUGGCAGCUUCGUGAACGUACCUCAUAAGCACGCAAAGAACCCCACGAAACUCAAGACCUGCCUCAGGCUGGGGAUAACCGACUUGCUGGAUGACUUGGAUGCUGAUGCCGACGAUGACGUGGUAGUGACCCUGGUUCCAAGGCAGGGCAAGGGCGUGGUCACUAUUGGAGGACUCAAGAUUGAACUCAGUUCAUGAAUCGUCCACUUUU